AUGGAGAAAUUCCCAAGCCUCACGGCAUCACCAUCACCACUGGGGAGCAAUGGCUUGAACGAUCUUGGUUCCGCGAACGGCAAUGGUAACGGCCAUAGCAAUGGCUAUCCCGCGGCAAAUGCAUGGUCGUCCUCGGGACGUUCGCACAGCCGCCAAAAGAGUCUCGGCGAUGCAUUUCGAACGAUUCGCGCAAGGAACGGCAGCAUGAGCCAAAAUGCCCACGAGAUCGCCGAUGCGCUACGGGCUCCCGUGUCUCCAAAGCUUGUUGUUCUUUGCGUCAUGUGGUACACCUCAUCUGCCCUGACCAACACGUCGUCAAAGUCCAUCCUCAACGCCUUUGACAUGCCGGCAACCUUGACGUUGAUCCAGUUUGCCUUUGUGUCUUCGCUCUGCAUCUUCCUCUCCUGGCUGGCCAGCAUCUUCCCCGUCCUGCGCACCAAAAUCUCUGCGUUACGACAUCCCAUCCGCGAACCCAGCCGAGAGGUCAUCAGGACAACGCUGCCCCUCGCCUUCUUCCAGAUUGGCGGCCAUCUGCUCAGCUCGACCGCCACGGCUAAAAUCCCCGUUUCGCUUGUCCACACCAUAAAGGGCCUCUCGCCGCUCUUCACUGUGCUUGCAUACCGACUGAUAUACAACAUUCGAUACCCGACAACGACCUACCUCUCCUUGAUUCCCCUGACUAUCGGGGUUAUGCUGGCUUGCUCUAGUGAAUCAAACUACGGCGGCCAGUUGCUUGGCGUCUUGGAGGCGCUCCUGGCGACGCUCAUCUUUGUAACGCAGAACAUCUUCUCCAAGAAGCUGUUCAACGAGGCUGCAAAAGUCGAGGCCGACGGCAUGGGAGUCCCAAGCAAGAAGCUCGACAAGCUCAACUUGCUGUGCUACUCAUCCGGCAUGGCCUUUGCCCUGACUUUACCAAUUUGGUUCUGGACAGAGGGCAUCACCCUGAUUAAAGAUUUCCUCCACGACGGCUCGGUAGACCUAAGCAACAGGCCUAAUGCCAUGGACCAUGGCCGUCUCACCUUGGAGUUUAUUUUCAACGGCACGUUCCACUUUGGACAAAACAUCAUCGCCUUUAUACUGUUGUCCAUGGUUUCCCCCGUUACCUAUUCCGUCGCAAGUCUCAUCAAGCGCGUGUUCGUCAUCGUCAUGGCCAUCAUUUGGUUCAGAAGCCCGACAACUUCCGUGCAAGCCGUGGGCAUUGCCCUCACCUUCCUCGGCCUGUACCUCUACGACAGGACUAGCGAAAGCAACAAGGCCGAUCGGAGCGCGCGAAUGAUGACGCAGUCCCGGAGUAGCACGCCUCUGCUGCCCCUUAACGAGGUGCCAACGCAAACUGGUCGCUACCAAACAUCGCCUCAGCCGAGGAAUGGCGCGUUUCACCCUUGA